AUGGACGGAACAACUCAGUUGCUGACGUUGAAGGUUAUGCGGGUCUCACGACCAACCUUAGCUAGUGCAUGGGAACCGUUCUACUCAAGCUCGCCUUCAUUUUCUGCACAUUCCACCGCCUCGGUCAUGUCGCUGCAAGGCAAGACGCCCUUGGAAGGGCACCCGAAGACCCUACGCGACCUCACACAUAUUUCUGAAGUGCUGACUCUCCCGUCUUCGUUCGGAGCAAUCCAACUCGGUGAGACCUUCUCCAGCUGCCUCUCCGUGAACAACGAGGCCAGUGUGGAUAUUGAAGCAGUCGCGUUGAAGGUGGAGAUGCAGACAGCGACCACGAAGACUACCUUGGCGGAGUUCGGCGGACCCGAUGACACAUUAGCUGUUGGAGAUUCUCUGGAAAGGGUCGUAAGUCAUGAAAUCAAGGAACUGGGUCAACACGUUCUCGGUUGCACGGUUUCGUAUCGAGCUCCUGCAGGCGCCCGCGCGGCGCCCCCAGGACCUGCUGGUGAUGCGAGCGAUCGCAACGUUCUGAGUUUCCGUAAGUUUUACAAGUUUGCCGUGACAAACCCAUUGUCUGUUAAGACCAAGGUGCACACGCCUCGUGCACCUUCUGCUCUUUUGUCUCGUGCCGAGCGCGAGAAAGUUUUCCUAGAGGUGCAUAUCCAGAACCUCACUCAAGAGGUUAUGUGGCUAGAGCACAUGCGAUUUGAAUGCACCGAUGGUUGGCAAGUCGAAGACACCAACGUCGCUGAUAUUGACGCAGGAGACAACGAAGGCAUCUUCUCGGGCUCGAUGGCUCUCAUGCAUCCGCAAGAUAUCCGCCAAUACAUUUAUGCACUUUCGCCAACAAUGCUGUCACCCUUCCCCGUGACACAUCCGCCAGGCAGCAUCGUGCCAUUAGGACGACUAGAUAUAUCCUGGCGGUCGUCAUUUGGCGAACCGGGGCGUCUGCUCACCUCAAUGCUGUCUCGCCGGAUACCUCUGAUCCAGGCGCCACCUCAAGCACCGACAGUCACGCAAGCCCCCGCACCAGUUCCACCACCGAAACAAGCACCAUCAGCUAUCCCCUUACAUAUGCAGCGAGGCGCCAGCUUGGCUGGCGGUGCGCCGCCACGACCAAGAUCUCCGCAGCUGAAUCGGCCCACCAGUCCACCAGUCAAUCCGGCAGGCGUCAUGCCCUACCGUCCAGGUUCACCCUUCCGCAACCGCACGAUUCCGGCUUCUGCUGGUUCGCAGUCCCCAAAUACUCCAGUUUCACCCAGCCCAAACUUUCGACAUCCGGAAGACGUGGAGGUGGACCUGGUCGUCCGCAAUAUCCCCCGAGAAGCACUCGCCGUCGAGAAGCCUUUCCAUGCGGCCUUUACGGUAACUGCUUCUGCGCCUAUCCCUCUUGCCCGCCCAGGCGAAACUCGCAGACAGCGCGUGUUGUCGCUUAUCGUCCAGCACGCGCAGCCCCCACGCCCACCUAUAGCCAGCUCCAGCGUGGCUGGUCCAGCGGCGGCGGCCCGGGAAGCCUGGAGCCCACGCUUACCUUCCUCUGGGAUCUCAACGCCAUCACCAUCAGGGACCCCGUACAGAGGCGACUUUCAGGAUACUUUGGCCCAGCGGCUGCUCGUCGCCUCUCCACGGCGAACCAAUGUCGAUGGGGAUGACCACACCAGCCCGGACACGGCUGGUGGUGGAGACACGCCUGGUCCUCGUGCGGAUCCUAGCGCUGUAGUAUUACCUCCGCCUAUUGCGAACGUCAUGCUAGGCGAAGGCCCAAAGUCGCAGUUGCAGGACGUAGUCCAUCUUGGCAACUCUGCUUUAUUCCUCCCUCAACUGAAGCUUGUCGCCCCUUUGGACGCUCAUGCUCAUGCUCAUAUUGAACACGCGCUUGCACAUGGCCGAUAUUCGAGCAACAUGUCGACGGACAGUGAGGCGGAUAGCGAGACGAACCAUACAGGCGGAAGCGCGUCGACCAAGGUCGUCGCAUCGCAAGAUUUUGAGCUGACGUAUUUACCGCUGAAGAGCGGGUUCUUGAAGGUGGGCGGCCUGCGCAUCUUACUAGUGGAAGACAGGAUGAUAGACGAGGAUGUCAUCGGUGUUGAUGCCAGUGCUGACGGCGGUCCAAGGAGGUUUAACAUGGAGCCACGGACGUUGAAGGAAUGGGAUGUUGUCGCAGAGAUUUGGGUGUCAUCUUGA